CUGGCCUGGUCGCGCACUCGCGCAAAGGAGGAGCGCGCGCCAGGCAGCGCCAUGAAGUCCGCGGGUCACGUCACGCGCGUCCGGGCGCUUCCUUUGCCCACCGUAACUUGACUCGAGUCCUCCACGCGUGUUUUUCAAGCGUUUUCUCUCGGGUGGGGACUUUCCCCGGAUGGAGGCGAACUUUGCGCCCCGCAGUGGUUGAUGUCGGGCAGCCCGUCGAACAACGGCGGCGUCCGCACGCUGGCGUCGCCGGAGCGGCGGGUGGAGUUCGUGGCGCUCACCGCCGUGCACGCGGAGCGCAGCGAGCCGUCCACCCCCGAGCGCGGCUUGCCGUCGCACCGCACCGGGCUGCUGGGCACGCCGCUGCCCGGACCGCCGGGCCCCCGGGCGGGCGGCGCGUCCCGGACCGCCAAGCGCUUCCGAAAGCUGCAGAACUACUUGUACAACGUGCUGGAGCGGCCGAGGGGAUGGGCGUUCAUCUACCACGUCUUCAUCUUCCUGCUGGUGUUCAGCUGCUUGGUGCUGUCCGUCUUCUCCACCAUCCCCGAGCACCAGGGCGUCGCCAACCAGGGACUCUUCAUCCUCGAGUUUGUGAUGAUCGUGGUGUUCGGCCUGGAGUACUUCAUCAGGAUCUGGGCGGCCGGCUGCUGUUGCCGAUAUCGCGGCUGGCAGGGACGGCUGCGAUUCGCCCGCAAACCCUUCUGCGUCAUCGACUUCAUCGUGUUUGUGGCGUCGCUAGCGGUGAUCGCGGCGGGCACGCAGGGCAACAUCUUCGCCACGUCGGCGCUGCGCAGCAUGCGCUUCCUGCAGAUCCUGCGCAUGGUGCGCAUGGACCGGCGGGGCGGCACCUGGAAGCUGCUGGGAUCUGUGGUCUACGCUCAUAGCAAGGAGCUGAUCACGGCGUGGUACAUCGGCUUCCUGGUGCUCAUCUUCGCCUCCUUCCUGGUCUACCUGGCCGAGAAGGACAACACUGACUUCAGCAACUAUGCAGACUCCCUCUGGUGGGGCAUUAUAACGUUGACCACCAUCGGUUACGGCGACAAGAUCCCUCGCACGUGGCUGGGUCGUCUCCUGGCUGCCGGCUUUGCUCUCCUGGGCGUCUCCUUCUUUGCCCUGCCCGCUGGAAUUCUGGGCUCGGGUUUUGCCUUGAAGGUACAGGAGCAGCACCGACAGAAGCACUUCGAGAAGAGACGCAUGCCCGCCGCCAACCUAAUACAGGCGGCGUGGCGUCUGUACUCGACUGACGCCAAACACUCGUACCUGACGGCCACCUGGUAUUUCUACGACAGCAUGCUGCCUUCCUUCAGAGAACUGACGCUACUGUUCAGUCACCUCCAGCGGCAGCGGAACGCCACCAAGAGUGCGCCGCCGCCACCGUACAGCGCCAACUACCACCACACGCCGCUGUCAGGGCUGCGGCCCUACAGCGCCCCCUAUAUGUCGGGGGACAGGAAGCCCAAAGCGCCGCGCAGUCAAGUCCUCGCUAAAAAGCGAGGCCUCUUCCGGAUUCAUGCCGGACGCAAGCAGAGCAGCAGCAAACUCGGCUUCCGGGACAGGAUCCGGAUGAACAGCUCUCGCUCGGCACAGACGAUCCGGAACAAGGCGUCGCCGCAGCCGCCCGGCCCGCCGGGCGUGCAGCGCACGCCCAGCCAGGAGAACGUCCCCGAGGCGGCCAGCCCCGGGAAGGUGCAGAAGAGCUGGAGCUUCAACGACCGCACUCGCUUCCGGACGUCUCUCCGGCUCAAAGCCCGACCCCCCGCCGACGGUACGCCGUCGAUUUCCGCAGCAAAUUCCGGCGCCUUCCGCGCGUACUCACCCACGGGAAUGUGUUCCGUGCCAGCGGAGGGUCUGGGCGAGGACGGCGCGGAGGACAGAGGCUACUGCGACGUGGCCACCGACGAGGUCAUCCCCGCCGUCAAGACGCUCAUCCGAGCCGUCAGGAUUUUGAAGUUCCUGGUGGCCAAGAGGAAGUUCAAGGAAACGCUGCGUCCGUACGACGUGAAGGACGUCAUCGAGCAGUACUCGGCCGGACACUUGGACAUGCUGGGCCGCAUCAAGAGCCUGCAGAUGCGGGUGGACCAGAUCAUCGGGCGAGGCGCCAUCCAGCCCGACAAGAAGGCGCGGCCCGAAAAGGGCGAGAAGACUCCGCCGGACCUGGACUCUCUGGACGAGCUGAGCAUGAUGGGACGCGUGGUCAAAGUGGAGAAACAGAUCCAGUCCAUCGAGAACAAGCUGGACCUGCUGCUCAGCUUGUACUCGCAGUGCCUGAAACGAGGCUCGUCGUCGCAGCUGGCCGACCUGACGUCGGACUACCACAGCCCCACGGACCAAAGAGACCUCUUCCCCUCCGCCAACAUGCUCUCGCAGUCCGACAGCGCCACGUUGGAGUCCUAGCCAGAAUUGUUGUUUUUAACCCUUCCGGAGGGCUCCGCUGGACUGAGAGCCGCCCAUGCACGCCUCUUGAGGGUCAACACUAGCUUGCAAAAAUAGGAGUCUCGUUGACUCCCUCGAGGUACAGUGAAUAGAAAUCGCACAACUAUGGUCUCAAGGGUAUCAAAACAAAGGUACUUUUUUUUUUUUUUUUUUUUUUUAAGGAUACUGUGAUGAAUGUAAGGCUCUUAGCCCACAUGCGAAAGAAAAGAAAUGACAAAAAAAAAAACAUCACUCCGUGUUUGGCAUCGUGCACGCCGGGGCCAUGUUUACGUGUUUGCGGCAUUGCGAGACGCGACUUGUUGCAUGCGGAAGAAGAAACCCGUUAAAAAGGAGACGUGCGCCUUCCGUCGCGCCGCCGCCAUUUUCUCGUUGGAGGCUCACGCGUCGAUUCCGUUUCCUCGUUGUCAAUACGACCGCAAAAUCAAGGAAAUGUGCAAAACAUUUUUGAGCACAAGCACCAGUUGACUAGGUUUCCACUGGUCAUAAUAUUAGGCACACUUGCACAGUUUCAUCUGGCGAUCCAAUACGAUAAUUCUGGCGUCACGAAUAUCAAAAUGCUCUAGUAAACACCACGCCUCAAUUAAUUGCUAUGUGGUUCGUGUCUUACUUUAUUUAUCAAUGCUUAAGUGAUCAAAUGAUUUUUAAUUAAGCAAAUUAACAUGGUUCAAAACAGUAUGCCUUUGUUCAAUACCUUACCCUGAAUAAACUCCCGAUACACUGAGCAGUUCAGUAAAUAAACACCCUCCCAGCAAGUAUUUUAGAAGGAUUUUAGUUAGGUGCAUGUGUGAAAAGUGCUGAUUUUUUUAUUUUAUUAUUUUUAUUUUUUUUAUGAAGGCCUCCUCUCUAAUGAACACAUUACCUACAAUAAAAAAGACCGGGUGGUGGGGCGAGUUCCCAAAAAAGUAUAUAUAUAUAUAUAUAUAUAUAUAUAUAUUUAUUUAUUCCCCCCCCCCCCUUCAUAUAAACGUCAGAAGUUGAGUAAAAAAACGCUGAGAAUCAAGAAUCAAGGCAGGAUGAUUUCAUUGGAUCGCCUAAUUUUGUUGUCCAGGUGUGCCUAAUGAAGUGUACGUGACCUACGUAGCUCACCAGGCAUGCCGCUGGAGGGCGCCACAAGCGCACGUGAGCGAGCAUUGCCUGCCUGGAUGCGUUUUGCAUGUCUCUCGCUCUCGGUCUCUCUCUCUCUCUCUCUCUCUCUGUUCAUCUCUCUCUCUCUCUUUUCCUUUCCCCGUGCACGUUCUCUCGCUCACGACGUCACCCCCGCACUGAUUUGCCGCCAUUUUUGACAUUCCAGCUCCGCACAGUCCUCGGAAUAGCGAUCUCACACACUGAACAAAGCAAUAAAAUGCUAAGCUAGCUAAGCUAUGCUGAGACAGUCUUCCAACUUCUUCCAGCGAUGGAAGCAGUUUUUUUUCCGCACCCGAUGAUGAUGAUGAUGAUGAUGAUGAUGUCGUGCAUCUGCUGAGAGUAGAAUUAGCUCACUUGACUAACUUAUUAAUUUAUUUGUUUCAAUAAAAGAUCUUUAGACUGUA